UAUCCAUUACAAGCCAUGAAGUUUUCUUCUCUAUUCUUCCUUUCCUUAUGGCCAUUCUACUACACUCCCUCUCUCUUUAUCCACCGAACCUUAAACCCCAAAUUCCUAAUCGGCCCAGGAUUCUCUGUCAGCUCGAACCUUCUGCAGAUCUUCAAAAUCAUACCUUUAGGAGAGAUGUGGUGCUUAGAACAGCAUCUCUCUGUUUCGUCUCCUUCAUCUUUCAAAACCCACUUCCAGAGUGUUUAGCCGAUCCUUCGAAGUCACCCAAACGGGGAAGACUCGGCAUUGCUAACACUAAGUCUUGGUUCCAGUUCUUUGGCGAUGGAUUCUCCAUUAGGGUUCCUCCUCAGUUUGUUGACGUCAUGGAGCCUGAGGAUUACUCUGCGGGAUUGUCUCUCUAUGGGGACAAGGCAAAGCCGAAGACUUUCGGCGCCCGUUUCGCAUCUCCUGAUGGAUCAGAAGUUUUGAGCGUAGUCAUUCGCCCUUCAAAUCAACUUAAGAUCACUUUCUUAGAGGCUAAAGAUAUAUCCGAAUUGGGAUCAUUGAAGGAAGCUGCAAGAAUCUUUGUUCCAGGUGCCGCAACGAUUUACUCUGCUCGUACAAUCAAGGUAAAGGAGGAAGAAGGUUUUAGAAAUUACUACCUCUACGAGUUUGGGAGAGAUGAAGAACGCAUUGCUCUAGUAGCCGCUGUGAACAGGGGGAGGGUUUUUAUCGCUGGAGCAGCUGCACCGGAAUCCAAAUGGAAAGAAGAUGAAUUGAAGCUUCGAUCGGCUGCUAUUUCUCUGACGGUCCAAUAAUUGAAAAGCAUCUUCGUCUUCUAACAGAAAACGCGAAACGCUCUUUUGUCCAUCCAGAAAUGCAGAAUUAAGACCAAACGGGACAAAAUGGACACUGUUUUGAGACACCUUUGUCAUUCAUUUUCGGUUUCUGUUUUUUUUUUUUUGUGGGCCUUUGGUGAUGUGAUGUUCGUUAUUUGUACUGUGUAAUGAACCAAAGUAAUCAAGAUUCUUUGAAACG